AUGGAGCCGGUGCCGGAGCAAACGGGGUGUGCCGCGGAGCCUUGCGUGGAAGACCUCUUCUCAGAGGGGCCGUCUGGGGACGAGGGCGCCUUCUGGGGCGCGGUCGACAAGGAUUGUGACGCGAGGGCGAAGCAGCAGGAAGCGCAAGCUCUGAUGCUGGUGUCGCAGAAGCUUCGAGAGGAUGCCCGUCGCACCCGCGAGGUUCGCGCCCAGCUUGGGCCCUCAACACCGCAGAAGGCCAAGCAGAGUCUGAUUUCAAGGUUCAUGGCGGACACGCCGAGCCCGCCGGCCGCGCAGGAGGGCACCCUUGAGGGCCGCAGAGGCCGCCGGGGGCCGAAGCACCCUUGCUACAUGAACGCGGAGGAGAGGGAGCAGGCGAUCAAGAAGAAGGCGAUCAGGCAGCAGGACGAGUCCUUGAGAAUCCAGGCGCUUGAGCUGGAGAGCCAAGCGAAGGCUGCCGAGGAGUUGAGCAACGAGGCCGCGGCGGUGGCAAGCCAGGCCAUCGCAAUCCUCGAGCCGCAUGACGUCGUCAGCGACUUGGCUGAGGCUUCGGAGGUUCUUCAGGUCAUUGCCCGCAGAGGGCGUGGCAGACCGCCGCACACGGCCGAGCAGAAGGCUGCGGCGAAGGAGAGGAAAGCCAAGGUGAAAGCGCAGAAGGGCAAACUCCAACCAGAGGACAGGGAGAGGAUGCAAACGCCGAGCGCCACGGCCAGGAGCAUGAUCGUUGAUCGCGUCGACGCCCUCUCGAAGGAGGUCGACAAUUACACCACCAACGAAUUCUGGUCGCUCGCUGAGGACCUCUGCGGGGUCCCCGCGAGCAUGCUGAAGCGGUUCGCGAAGCCCGAGGAGAGGGAGAAGCUUUCCCGCUACUUGGACGCCCGCGGUCCUGAGAGGUUCAUCAGCACCGACACCGGGUGCCGCCUCUCGAAGGAUGGCGCCAAGAAGAAGACCUACGAGUCGCCCGUCAAGGACGUUUACGAUUACGUCAAAGCGUGGAAGGACAGGCAGGAGGAGAUCGGUUUCGAGCUGAACCAAGAGGACUUGGUCGACGAAUUCGAACUCGAGCUGGAGAGCAGGGUGUUCGACCUCAAGGAGCGCCUCGCCAAGUUGGCAGCCCCAGGAAAUAGGAAAUACGCUCGGGCACGGCUGGGCAGCUGGUGCGGCGUGGUCGAGCACAAGCCCUCCAACGUGGUGCCGUUCACGGCGGCCGAGAACGACCUCAUCUGCAAGUUGUCGUACCAGGCAUGGGACUGGCUCGUCGAUCUGCUCAUGACCGCCACCGCGGACGAGCUGCAGGGCUUCGUCGCUGACGCCCAGGGGCUCGUGGAGAACAGGCGCCAGCUGGCCGUCAUCGCCCAGGGCGCCUCCCCAGUCUACCUGGACUGCAGCACGGGGAAGGUCCUGGUCAGGACGUCGUUCCUGGACGAGCGCCAGAAGCGGCGGAGGCUGCGCCUCGCGGCCCAAAAGGACCCAAGCGCGCCGGUGCCGGAGAUCAUGUCGGUGGCGCAGCCGAGCGACGCCGUGGGCUCCAGCAGGAGGGAGAAGAACAGGUUGACUUUCUUCUUCCGCCAGGCGCUGGAAGGCCUGUGGGACCCAGACGUGGCGGUGCCGACGGGCAAGGUGCUCGACGGCGUCUUGCUCGCCGUCGCCUCGAAGCACUACCGUUUGGAGGACAUGUCUUUCUUCGAGCCGGCGCAGCGGUUGCGGGGCCACUCGUUCUCGCUCGACGGGGUCAUGGUCAAGCGGGUGAAGGGCGAGGCAGUGGGGCCGCUGGGCUCCGAGUGGCGGGCAGCCAGGCGCCAUAACAAGGCCACGGAAGACACGAUCAUCGCGUCCUUCCUCACGGACCUCUCGGUGGAGGAGGGGUACCAGUACUCCCUGAAGACUGUGGACUGUGUUGCCAGCGAGCAUUCUGAGAUCAUGGACUUGCACAAUUACAUGCACAACCAGGUAGUCCACACAAUCGGCAUGCGCCAAACCGCAAAAACACAGGUGACAGACGUGCGGGAGGCCGUGAUCGGCAAGGCCGGGGGCGAGAAAGUCAAACACCAGCGGAGGAGAUUGAAGAGACUUGCGGGUAACAUGUCAGGCCAGGCGUCCGACCUCACGUCCGACAAGGUCGACCUCAUGCACAUUGCCCAGGGCAUGCAGGUGGAGUGCCGACGGGACAACGCCGAGAACCAAGGCGUUCUGAAGGCGUUCCGCAUGGGGGGUUGGCUAGCGCACAAGCCAACCGAUCGCGGGCUGGUUCCCCUCGUGGGCCCCGCGUGGCGGCAAUUUCCAUUGGGGAGCUCCCGCCUCUCGAACAGCCUCAUGGCGGACAGGGUGAACUACGUGCCCGUGCACGGCAAGCCCGAGAAGCCCGAUUGGGGCCAGCUCCGGGCCCUCCGCGCCAGACAGCGGGCGGCAUACGUGCAGCAGAAGGGCCAGGGCAUCAGCGAGGACAGGAAGCAGGAGCUCCUGCUGGACGACGAGGAGAUCGACGGGUUCGUUUCCUACCUCGGCGGCUGGGGCCAGCGGCCCUUCGCGGAGCACGAGGAAGCCCUGGCGGCUGCGGCCAGCGACCCUUCGCUGGCCAAAGGCCCGUUACGGCCCUUCGAGCCGAUCAGCUUGGCCGGCUUGAUCAGCGCUGAAGCCUUGGCGGAGGAGGCGGCUUUCCAGUCGCUGCACCCCCGCGUGAAGCAGGCCAUCUUGGCUGGGGGCGCCAUUGCCAAGAUGCCCAAGGUGACGAAGAGCUUUCGGGGUCUCGCGGCCGAGAAGCGGGUCGAGAAGGCAAUGACCAGGAAGACCCAGGCGGCAGAGAAGAAGGCCGAGUGGCGCGCUGCCAUCGACUCGCUCGGCAUCGAGGCCGCUCGCAAGCAGUUGUGCGUGCCCGCCGUCGUGACGAAGGCGGCGAAAAAGACGAAGGAGCAGGCCAAGACGAAGGGCAAGAAGGGCGGCGCGGGGAGCACCAAGCGGAGGCAGGCCAAGAAGGGCAAGCAGAAAGCCGCGGCGCGGAAGGGCGCCCGCGCCAAGGCAGCCGCCACUUUCGCAGGGAAUGUGGCGACGCUGGAGGCGAAGCUGAAGACGCUGCAGGCCCAGCUCCACGGGGCGGGGCAGGAGGCCGAGUCGCAGAAGCAGGAGGCCAAGCAGGGAGCCGAGGCGCUCGCCGCGCCGCCGGGGGAGCAGCCCGCGGCCGCCGCGGCGGCCGAGAGGAAGCGCUUGCGGGUGCACGCGGACAACCUCACAGUGCGCUCGCUGCAGCUCCAGGGCCUGCACCGCCAGCUGCAGGACCAGCAGCAGGAGCUGGAAAACGCAAAUAAGCUUGGCCAGAAGGCCCUCGGCCAGGUCAAGCGGAAGGCCAACGCCGCCAUGCAGGCGGCCGAAAGAGCCCUUGCCAAGAAGCCCAGGACGGGCGAGGUGGGCGAGGGCGCAGGCAUUGGCGGCGCCGUGGGCUUGCCGCCCCCGCCGCCCCUGGCGCCGACGGCGCCGUCCGUCCCCAGCGGGCCCGCGGGCGACCCUGGCGCUGCGGGUUCGCCGCGCCCGCUGGCCGCGCCCGUGGCGGACUUGCUGGCCGCCGCCUCGCCCGCUCAGGCGGCGCCGUCCGCUGGCGACGCUGGCGAGCUUGGGGCCAACGACGAUUGGCUCGGCGUGGCCAGUGCGGCGGACUCGGCGCGCUCGCCGCCCCCGCCGCCCCCGCCCCCAGCUGGCUCGCCUGCCCCCGACGCGCCAGCUGCCUCUGCGCGCGCAGCGGGUGCGGCCGCCGCUUUGCCGACGGGGUGUGCGGGCGCCGCCCCGCUUCCUGCGGCCGCGCCCCGCCUCGAGCCGGGGUGCAGAGUGCAGGUCGACUGCGACGCGGUGUGGGCCAGCGACAGGGCCGCGGCCGCGCGGCUGACCAGCGGGCUCUGGGGCACAGUCGCAUCCGCGAAGGGUCCAUCGGCGUGGAUCCACCCAGGCGGCGACACGUCUGCCAACAAGAGACAGGUGCCCGUCAGCUGGUUGGUCCCCGUCCCGGACGAGCCGAGCAAACCGUUGCCCUGGAGGAAGAACGCGGGGUGGCUCGGCAAAGAGCAGCGCGAGGAGAUCAGGAAGGCGUGGCUCCCCGUGGACAUAGAAGUCCGCCGGGCCCCAGGCGCCCGCACCCUGCUGAGCGAGGCGGAGCUCGCCAUCGCGGCGGUGGAGAUCGGUUGGCGCCUGACGCCGCCCCGCUGCCUGGUGGCGCCACCGCGCAUCACCGCCCUCGUGGCGCACCACGUGCGCAACCACGAUGCGGCCCAUGACAGGUACGGCGAGGGCGAGGAGCUUGUUGCCGAACUCCGCCGGUACGCGGACCGCGCAUGCGUCCCCGCCGCCGUCGAGGCCGAUACCAAGCUUGACGGGUAUGGUGUUGGGUGUGGAGCAUGCGGGGGCGCUGGGUGCAAGACGUGCUCGUGCACUCACGCCGAGAGGUGGUUGGGCCGCCUGAGUAAGGAGUCCGAGUUCAUCACUCCAUGUACGUCCUUGGCGCCCCUCGAGCCAGCGACUUGGUGGAAUAUCCGCUAUUACGACUCGCUGCGUCAGCCGUCGAGGGCGUGCGCCGAUUGCGCCCAUGCCCUGCUCGACGCUUUGCAGCCCGUCGGUGUCCAGAACGUGCUGUCGGCGAAGGAGUUGGCGGCUUCGAGGGCGAACAAGGCCUUCCAGUCUGACGGCUCCUCCUGCGGAUGGUGGUGCCUCCACCACAUGGAGACCGAGUUCCGCAGGUUCGUGGGCGAGACGUCCGUCGCCUUCGACCUGCAGCGCAGGGUCGACUUGGCCUACCCGAUCGUGAGCAAGUUCCUGCCGUAG